GACAGAAGAGAGGAGAUGUGAUAUCAACGUGUUGUUACAAAAGGAGGUAUUCCAAAUCCGGCCCAAAUCCAGGAGACGGUCAAGGAGGCGUAAAAUCGCCAAAGCUCCUUGUGUCUACGGCGCAGACGGUGACUGUGACCGAGGCCGAUGUCGAAAGAAAUCCGAAUAUUCUUAGAAGACGCUUGACUCGGCGCGAUCGAGAGAAUGUCUAG